UAACGACGCUGUCAAGCAUAUCGGUCGUGUCAAUUACCAAUUGCUGGGGCCAUUGUCUCCUGUCUCCGGCAUUGCAAAUGUCGGAAAUCUAAUCCCCUUCACCUUCCCUUCCGCCCAACCCUCCUGACGCUUUAUCGGCGGUCCACGAUGCUCAGCACCAGAUGCCUCUCACGAACCACGUUACGGGUCCCUCAUGCCCCGCAUGUUCCACAAUUCUGUAGGCACGUAUCGAAUAAACCCCGCCCUCAGGCUCGGGCGGCCAUCCACCCGUACGCCCAGCGCCGACAGCAACAUUUCGUGCGCUCCGUCGUCGCCGUCACUGCGCUUUGGGCGACCGCUACUGCGUGGCAAUGGUACAAUGGGGGCCACUUCUUCCGGGAGGUGCAUGCCGAGGAGCUGCCCGAAGACCAGGAGCUGAACUUCGAGAAGCCGAGGCGGCGCCCUGUAGAUAUUGAGGACAAUAGAGCGAUCAUCAGUUCGCAGCACCUCCAAGUGAAGAAGAGCUGGGAGAAUCCGGGGGUGUACGCUUGGGGGUCGAAUUCAGGAAAGGUGGCCGCUCCGGAUUCGGAAGAGGUGUUCAUCAAGACCCCGCGGCGGAUACCUUUCUUCGAUGGGCGGCUUCUGCGGGAUAUCAAGCUGGACAGGAGCUUUGCCGCCGCAAUUGAUGAGAAGGGCGAUCUUUUGCAGUGGGGCACUGCCUUCUCCCCACACGCAACGGAACCAACGCCCACGCUCCGCGGCAAGAACUUAACAUCAGUAGCCAUAUCUCGCGACCGGAUCAUAGCGCUCUCUGCAUCUGGAAAUGUCUACUCAAUCCCUGUCUCUCAAAAGGACCAAGAGACCGGGCCGAAGCCCGCAUCAACUUCCUGGAUUCCUUUCUGGAAUUCUUCCAACAACGUCUCCUACCGCAUCUGCACGCCCUCGUCUCUAGGCUGGAAUGAGAGAGUAACAAACAUUGCGUCCGGUCUCGAGCAUGCCCUCCUCCUCACAUCCUCAGGCCGCGUCUUCUCCUUCGCCUCCGGAACUCAAGACUUUCCCUCAAAAGGCCAACUCGGCAUUCCUGGCCUAACAUGGGAGACCAGACCUCCCGGUGUCUUUGACCGUCCCCACGAAGUCACUACCUUGAAAGGCUUUCCCAUCUCCAAAAUCGCCACAGGAGACUACCACAGUCUUGUUAGCGAUUCCGGCGGCCGUGCUUUCGCUUUUGGAGACAAUUCCGCCGGCCAACUAGGGCUAGAUUUCAACCCGGAAUCCCUUUACGUCGACGCCCCCUCACUCCUUCCAACCCACCGCCUCUACUCCGGGACCGCGCAAACAGCCUCCGUAACCAAUGUCUUCGCCGGUGGCAGUACCUCCUUCCUAACCAUCGACGCCAUUAAAAACUCUACAACCUCAACCCUACCAACACGCGAUCUCGGCCGUAUAACAGCAGACACAUGGGCCUUCGGCUUCGGCCUCACGGGUCAACUCGGCAACGGCCGCUGGAUCCACAAUCAAUCCACACCGGUCAAAGUUCCCGCCUUCAGCGGUCUCUUCGAAUACGACGAAUCUCGCUCCAGAGUAAUCCCCAUCCGCCUUUCCUACCUCUCUGCCGGCGCCACCCACGCGGCGGCUGUCAUGGACAACGUUGCUUCCGUCUCCAUCCCGGUAUCCUCCACCUCCCCAUCCAAACGUCUAACCGCAAACGACACAAACUGGGGCCGCGACAUACUUUUCUGGGGCAACAACGAGUUCUACCAAAUCGGCACUGGGAAGCGGAACAAUGUGAGCACACCGACGUAUAUCCAGCCACUGGACCAGAAGGCGGAGGAGGAGCGGGCGGCAGGCGUGCUGGCGGGCUGGGGCAGGCAGAAGAGCGAGAGGGAAUUGCAUCGGUUUCAGAUUACGCCAAGGCAGAAGGUCCGGUUGGGGAAUGGGAGGGUGGUGGGUUUGGAACAGAGGGUCGAAUGUGGGAGGGGGGUUACGGCGGUUUAUUCUGCUGUAUAGAUCCAAGAUAGAAUGAAGGGAGUGUGGAUUUUCAUAUAAGCAACCUUUUAGUGUAAGAAUUUAGUGUGGGCAGGGCCCCGUGGAGUUUUAAGGAUGCAGUGGAGCUUGGAUGAGGCACUCUCCGUUCACUUCUUGUACAUUUUGGAAUGAGGAUUUGAAUAUGAAUGCACAUAUUUAAGAUAA